AUGCUGUGGAUCCUGUGUCUGGGCUUCUGCGGCCUGCUGCCCCACACACAAGCUGACCCCGGGGCACUGCUGCGGCUGGGCAUGGAUGUCAUGAACCACGAGGUCCAGAGUGCCAUGGAUGAGAGUCAUAUCCUGGAGAAGAUGGCAGCUGAGGCGGGCAAGAAACGGCCAGGGGUGAAACCCAUCAAGGGCCUCACUAACCUGAAGGUGAAGGACGUGAAGCUGCCUGUCAUCGCACUGAGCUUCAUACCUGGGGUGGGCAUCUUCCAGUGUGUGUCCACAGGCAUGACCAUCACUGGCAAGAGCUUCAUGGGUGGGAACAUGGAGAUCAUCGUGGUCCUGAAUAUCACAGCCACCAACCGACUUCUGCAGGAUGAGGAGACAGGCCUCCCCACGUUCAAGAGCGAGGGCUGUGAGGUCAUCCUGGUCAGUGUGAAGACCAACCUGCCCAGCAACAUGCUGCCUAAGGUGGUCAACAAGUUCCUGGACAGCACCCUACACAAGGUUCUCCCUGACCUGAUGUGUCCAGCCAUCGACGCAGUCCUGGUGUAUGUGAACAGGAAGUGGGCCAACCUGAAUGCUGCCAUGCCUGUGGGCCAGAUGGGCACUGUCAAAUACGUCCUGACGUCCAUCCCAACUGCCACAGCCAACUACAUCCAAGUGGACUUCAGCCCUGUGGUGCAGCAACAGGAGGGUAACGCCAUCCAGCUUGCUGACGCCGGGGAGGCGCUUGAGUUCCCCAAGGACUAUGCUACAGGCUCCUCGCAGCUGCUGCUCUCGGCCGCCUUCCUCACAGCAGAGCUUGCCCUUCUGCAGAAGUCCUUUGAUGUGACUGUCCGGGAUAGGAUGAUUGGAGAGCUGCCCCCACAAACCACCAAGACACUGGCUGGCUUCAUCCCUGAAGUGGCUGAGGCCUAUCCCAAGCCGAAGCCCUUGGUGACCCAGAUCAGGAUAAACAAGCCUCCCAAGGUCACCAUGAAGGUGGGCAAGAGCCUGCUGCUCCUCCACGGCACCCUGGAGAUGCUCGCUGCUCGGCGGCGGGGCAGGGCUCCUGUAUCCAUCUUUCUCUUGGAAGCUCACUUCAACCUCAAAGUCCAGUACUCAGUCCGUGAGGACCGGCUGCAGAUGGCCACCUCCCUGGACAGAUUGCUGAGCCUGUCCCGGGUGUCCUCAUCGAUUGGCACCUUCAAUGAGAAGGAACUGACGGGCUUCAUCACAGAUUAUCUCCGAGAAGCCUACAUCCCAGUCAUCAAUGAUGCGCUCCAAGUCGGCCUCCCGCUUCCGGACAUUCUGGACAUGAAUUACAACCUGGCAGAGCUGGACGUAGUAGAGAACGCCCUGGUGUUGGACUUGAAGCUGGACUGA